UCAAUUUAGUUUAUAGAUGAUCACAAGAUAAUGUAUUCAGAUGAUCCAUUUAUCUUCAAUAUAGCCACAGGGAAGUAAAAGGCAUCAUGUAAGUGUGCCACUCAGUGCGCAGUUCAGUUAUAUCACACCGUUUUGCUUCUCUAUGUAUUUGUGUAUUUUAAGUAAAACAAAACUAGUAGGCCUAGUUCCUCCACAUUCGAUAAAGAGGGAACAGGGGAGAAAAAAACAACAGCAGCAACGAUGAGGUCAGAAUAAAAGCCCGUGAUUCGCUCCCGCCCCCGCCUCGCGUCUAGUCUCACCUGGACGGAAGUAGAGCGCAGGUAAAAGCUGCUGCUCGCCUCCUCCUCCUCUCCAGGUGCUGCGGUGCGGCAGCGCUCUCCUUCUUAACCUCACGGACUAAUGUGGCUUCUACUGCUGAGCCUGGUUCUCCGGCACUGGAUCUACACCGUGGAGGGGUCAUGUUCAGCUGUGACGUGUGAUGAGUGUCUGCAGCUCAAUCCUCACUGUGCCUGGUGCACUCAGGAGAAUUUCACAGACUGGGUUUCGGUCUCAGAGAGAUGUGACACACUGGACAGCUUGCUAGAAAAAGGAUGCUCAAGGGACCAUCUCCAGUUCCCCAUUUCCGAGAGCCACAUCCUCCAGGAUCGACCGCUUGGGAGGAGCACAAGCGACGCCAACAGCACUCAAAUCUCCCCACAAAAAAUGUCUCUCAAACUGCGACCAGGCAGUGAGGUGACUUUUCAGGUUAAGGUUCAACACACGGAGGAUUAUCCUGUGGACUUGUACUACCUGAUGGACCUGUCGGCCUCUAUGAUCGAUGAUCUUAAGAUGAUCAAAGACUUGGGCUCCUCUCUGUCCAGAGAGAUGUCCAAGCUCACCAGUAAAUUUCGAAUGGGCUUUGGUUCUUUUGUGGAAAAGCCCGUCCUUCCCUUCAUCAGGAUCAGUGAGGACAAUCUGGUCAACCCCUGCAGUUAUAUGGGACUGACUUGCCUCCCGACAUUCGGCUACAAACAUGUCUUGUCUUUGACAAGUAGAACCAGCAGUUUCAAUGAGAUAAUCGCAAAGCAAGAUGUGUCUGCUAAUACAGAUGAUGUGGAAAGUGGUUUUGAUGCUAUCAUGCAAGCAGCGGUUUGUGGGGAGAAGAUCGGAUGGAGGAAUGACUCCAUGCGUCUUCUGGUGUUUGUCAGUGACGGAGACUCACACUUUGGGAUGGACAGCAGAUUGGCCGGGAUUGUGAUUCCCAAUGACGGACAGUGUCAUCUGGAUGCAAACAAUGAAUAUUCCAUGUCCAAAAAUCAGGAGUAUCCAACUCUCGGUCAGCUGAUUGAUAAAGUGGUGGAGAACAACAUCCUUCUGAUUUUUGCUGUGACCAAUAAGCAGAUAAAUGUGUACAAGAACUAUGCAGAUCUCAUACCUGGCGCCACAGUUGGAGUCCUGGAGUCAGAUUCAAGGAAUAUCCUGGAGCUGAUUGUAACAGCUUACAAGGAGCUGCGUUCAGAGAUUGAACUCGAGGUCCUUGGAGACACGGAGGUGCUUCAAAUGUCUUUUGCAACCAUUUGUCCAAAUGGCUCGGUGUUUUCUGAUCUAAAACAGUGCUCCAACAUCAAACCAGGCGAGACGGUGUUGUUCAACGUGUCCGUGGGCCUCUCAGGAUGUCUGUCAGGAGUUCGCCAUUUCUCCCUCAAACCGGUGGGCUUGCAGGACAGUCUGGAGGUGCAACUUGAGUCGCUUUGCUCCUGUGACUGCCAGCACCCUCCUCCAGCAAACUACAGUCAGUGCACAGAAGGCCAGGGGGUUUACCACUGUGGCGUGUGCGUGUGUCAGCCGGGGUUCCUGGGAGCCCAGUGCGAAUGCAACGAGGAGGCCGCUCUGUUGAGCAACUGCCUAGCGACCAACGACUCCGAGAUAUGCAACGGUCAAGGGGACUGUUACUGCGGGCAGUGCGUGUGUCACGCCUCCAGCUUCGGCCGGAUCUACGGACCUUACUGCGAGUGUGACAAUUACUCCUGUGUUCGCUUCCGAGGAGAACUCUGCGGAGGUCAUGGAGUGUGCGACUGCGGGGAGUGUCACUGUGAAAGCGGCUGGACGGGGGAGUACUGUAACUGCAGCAGCAGCACCGAGGCAUGCGUGUCGGAGAACGGCAGCCUCUGCAGCGGCAGGGGGAGAUGCAAGUGCGGCCAGUGCGUCUGCUCUGUUCCUGGGGCGUCUGGAGAAAAGUGUGAAAGGUGCCCGACAUGCAGCGACUCGUGUAGCUCGGCAAUGACCUGUGUGGAGUGCCAUCUGCUUGAAAAGGAUGACUUUGGGUUGUGUGAUCAAAACUGCAACGCUGCUAAAAUUUCCAUAAACAAAACAGCAGAUUAUGACCAGAGCGCUUCUGUGGAAUGCACUCUCAUGAUGGAGAAUGAGUGCAGGGUGUCGUUUCAUGUGGCAGAGGGUGAUACCGGCCUCGUCGCCUACAAUCUCCAAAAGUACGGGUGCCCGGAGCCCCCCAACAUCCCUAUGAUCAUUCUAGGUGUCUCCCUUUCUGUUGUGUGUAUUGGCAUGAUUCUGCUGGCUGCGUGGAAGGCGCUGAUCUCAGUGCAUGACCGAAAAGAGGUGGCGAGAUUUGAGGCUGAGCGGGCAAAGGCAAAAUGGCAGACGGGGACCAACCCUCUGUUCAAAAGUUCAACAUCUACAUUCAAAAACGUAACUUAUAAGAGCCCGGAAAGGACUGUACAAUAAAUCACUACUGAUGAUGAACUGGAGGCAGUGAAAGCCAUCACCUGAGUGCACGCACAAAGAAAUGUUUACACUGAAAUACUUUUUUACAUUAAUUCUGAGAUGGUUUAUGACAGUGGACAAACAUGAGAAAUUAACUGCUGUAAUAGUGCACUGCUGGUACCGCACUGUUUGUGCUCUGACAUACAGCUUGGUAAAAAGGGAUCUACAUAACGAGUGGCUGACUACUGAAAAAAAACAACUAAUGAAUUCAACUGUAUGUAAAUAUUCUGUUGUUUUUAUGUUUUUAUUGUGAUUCUUGUUUUAUUAUAAACUAAGGCUGAGCCUUUGAGAAUGCAAACCUUUGAAAUGUGUUUUUUGUUGUUGUUGUAAAAUGGGGGAAAAAAUCAAAACGUUUACUUACUGUGAAUUAUUUGAUAUUUAGUUUUAAACGAAUGUAUGUCCUUGAUAGUACUUGACUGCAACAAUGGCAAAAGUUUCAUCUUGUAAAACCAGCAGCAUUGUGGUAUUCUCUGGUCACACCCUUGUCAAAAAGUUAAUUCAUUUAAGGUUGCCAGUAGGUAUUUUUUAUUUUAUUUAUUUCACUGUCUUGGUACUACUACAUUUUCUCUUUCUGCUGUUGGGAUUAUUGGAAAAAUCUUAUUUUAAUUUGUCAGUAUUUUUCAGGAUUGUGUUUACCUAAAUAAAGUUGUUUCUUCCUGUCAUUGCAGACAGAAAAAAGACAAAACUCA